UAGGUAUGUUAGAGGCUGUUGCUUAAUAUAGUAGUUUCCGAGCUAUAAGAGAACUAAGAACUGAACAUUAAUAGUAUUAAGGCCUGAUUCUUGAUAGCAUGUUAAAAUAUCAAUUUGGUUAGAAAAUUGGAGAAGGCACUUUUGCAUAGGUCUACAUAGGGGCUUGCAAUAAUGAAUAGGUAUAUACAUAAUAACAUAACUUCAGGUGGCUAUUAAGGUGCUCUAGAAGGAAUCUCUUAAGACUGAUCGAGACAAAUUUAGAGUCAAUAAGGAAAUCGAAUUACUAAACAAGGUCAAUCAUCCCAACAUAGUUAAGAUGAAGGAAGUAAGUUAUCAUGUAGAGAAUAUAGAUAGUAGAGGAUGAAGAGUCCAUAUAUUUGAUAACUGAGUACGUUUCAGGCGGGGAGUUGUUCGAUUAUAUUGUAGAGUAGUAGAGGUAAAUUCCAUACUAUGGUAGACUUACAAUUGGAGAGGCUAGACAUAUUAUUAGAUAAUUAGUAAAUGCAAUUGAAUAUUUGCAUGGUUUAGGGAUAAUUCAUAGAGACCUUAAGCCAGAAAAUAUUUUAAUGAGAGAUGAUGGAGAUAUUUGUUUGAUAGAUUUUGGACUUUCAAUGGAAGUCACAAGAGGAUAGCUAUUAGUAACACCUUGUGGAAGUCCUUGCUAUGCUGCUCCUGAAAUGUUAGAAGGCAAAAAUUAUGAUGGAACAAAAACUGACAUUUGGAGUUGUGGUGUAAUUCUUUAUGCAAUGUUAUGUGGUUAUUUACCUUUUGAUGAAGAAAAUACAUAAGUAAUGUUUUAUUGAUUAUAUUUCAGGAUUUGUAUGAGAAGAUCAAACAAUGUUAAUAUACGAUUCCUAAUUCUUUGCAUAAAGAUGCUAGAGAUCUUAUUAGCAAAAUACUUACUUACGAAGAUUAGAGAAUUAAUAUUGAAUAGAUCAAAAUACAUCCAUUUUUUUUGGAUGAUAAUGAGGAGGAGAAUAAUAAUAAUGAAUUAUCCAUUGAAUAAAUUGAAUAGCCUAAUUAAUUUUAAGAAAUUCUAGAAGACUAAAUAUAAUAAGCCUCCUUUAUAUAAUCAUAACAUUAAGAAGAAGAGACUAUUGAAUAUGUUCAACCUAUUUUAGAAGUCUAAAAUAGACCUAGAGGACAUACAUUAAAAAGAGAAUCUAUAAUGAAUGAAUUGGAAGUCAAUAUUAAUACAAUAUAGCCUUAAAAUAAAUUUGAAUUACCUCUUCAAAAUAAAGAGAAGAAGAAUCUUAAGACUAUUGAAGAAGCAUUUCAAAUAAUUCAAGAAUCUUCAAGAUAAAAAGAUAGAAAAAUAACAGAAGAAUAACAAUAAUCAUAAAUUUAAUUACCUUUUAAACCAGCUAUGAAAAUCAACACAAAUAAACCAUAUACUAAAAUUAAGUAUGUACAAACUAUUAGAUAUCGUUAUUGA